CCUCUUCGCCUCAGUCUAUUAAUAGUUCGACUGAUGUGACUGACUCGACACCGCUUGUGUGUCACACACGCUCCUGGCCACUGGAAUUCACAAAUCUUUCUGGAUUUACUUAAAACAUACUGAACGAGUGUUUCUUGCGGAUAAGUCGGUGUAUGUGUGAGAUAUGAACAGGCCUCGAGCAGUACUCGGUUUAGCGGAGGAAGAUAACCAGACUCUGUCGCGGCGGGAAGUAGCUGACAGCCUUCUAAAGGCACGCUUUCUACAAGCGCUCACGCGUAACGAUGCGGUGGAGGUUGCAAAAAUCCUUCGCACCACCAGCAUUGAAAUAGACACCGUGUUAGACGUGGAGGACCGCGAUAUGAUCCUUGCCUCGUAUAAGCAAGGUUACUGGCUGCCAAGUUAUAAGUUGGAGACAUCUUGGGCGAUGGGUCUGCACGUGUGUAUGAUGUACAACGCACUGGAGAGCGCCAUAGUCCUUCUGCAGAAUGGGGCAGCGGUCAACAGGAAACCUAACGGGAAAACCCCUCUACAUGUGGCCUGUGCGGUGUCUAACGCUGACUGUGUGGGACUUCUGCUGGAUUGGGGUGCACGGAUCAACAGUAUGUCCCUGAGUGGACAUACUCCUUUACACUUCUGCAUCACACAAGAGUCUUUGGACUGUGCCAAACAACUUGUUCUCAAAGUCAAUGGGGUUCAAAACAACACUAUUGGACAAAAAUCACAAAAGACUUCUAAUCUUACUGCAGGAGCGAAUAUCAACAUGCCCAGUGAGGAGAACCAGGACACCCCUCUGCACACUGCGGCCCGCUACGGUAUCCCAGAGCUGGUGGCUUUCUACAUUGCCCAUGGAGCAGAUAUCAAUGCAGUCAACAGCUGCAUGGAAACGCCUCUGAUCACUGCUGCAUUCUGGGCCAUGGACAUUCGUGAGCGGACCUACAGCUCGGACCACCAGCUUGUCUGCCGGAUCCUGUUGGACCACAAUGCUAACGUACAUUUAUAUGAGGAAGACAAGAAGACAGUGCUGCACAAAGCUUGCUGGAACUGUGAUCAUGUGCUAAUCCAGAUGUUCCUGGAGGCCGGUGCCAAGACUAAUGCUAUGGAUAUGAAUGGAUGCGCAGCUAUACAGUAUCUGCUGAAGGUGACGCAGAUCAGGCCGUGGGCCAUUCCUGAACGCUGCUAUCAGCUGCUUCUGAACUACGGAGCAGCACGAGUGUAUCCACCACAGUUUCACAAGGUGUUGCAGGCAUGUCAUGAAUACCCCAGGGCUGUGGAGGUUAUGGUCAAUUCUUAUGAACAUAUCAAGUACACAAAGAAAUGGAGAGAUGCUAUUCCUGAAGCUGUGUAUGAGAGGUACAAGGAUUUCUAUGAUUCUUUGUUUGCCGUCUGCACCAACAAUCCACGCUCUCUACAGCAUCUGGCCAGAUGUAUAAUACGUGCUGCACUGUCGAAUUGCUGUGAACUGGGUGUCCAGCAACUACUUCUUCCUUCAUCAUUGAAGAAAUACUUACUUCUGGAGCCUGUAGGAAUCAUAUACUGACACUCUUCUGCAUUAUAAACUUCAAAUUCAGAUUUUGUUACAGUGUAAACAAUGCUCCAAAACUUGCUUGCUUUUUCUUUUCUUAUGUUUUUAAAA